UGGCCCCUUUCGGUUUCUCCUCCUCGUUCCAAAAAAACCUUAUUUAAUGCCACCUUUGUUCCAAACAAACCUUAUUGAAUGCCAUCUCCAUUCACGGAAGGGGAGAGAAGCAGAGGAAGUAGACGGAGGAGGAGCCAAUAGCCAAUAGCCACCCAGAGAGAUAGCUAGUGCCAGAGAAGAAUUCGAGAGAUCGGAGGGAGGAGGAUGGAGCGGCAGGGCGAGGCGCGGUGCUCGUGCUCGCCGAGGCAGUGCAGGAUUUGCCACGAGGAAGAGGGUGACGAGGGCUGCGCAACCGCAACCGCAACCGCCACCGCCAUGGAGUCUCCCUGCGGAUGCUCCGGCUCCCUCAAGUAUGCUCACAGGGGGUGCGUGCAGAGAUGGUGCGACGAGAAGGGGAGCACCGUCUGUGAGAUUUGCCUCCAGAAUUACGAGCCUGGAUACACCGUUGCUCCCAAGAAAACUCAAGUUGCUCAUGUCGCAGUCACCAUCAGAGGGAGCCUGGAGGUCCCAAGGCUGGACUACGAGGCAUCGGAGGAUGCCCCGUUGAUCGGGCUCGACGCGGUGGCCGGCGACCAGGCCUACGCCGAGUGCGCGAGCGCCGCCGGCAGAAGUGCUGCCUGGUGCCGGUCGGUGACGGUGACGUUCACUGUUGUGUUGCUGCUGAGGCAUUUCAUCGCCCUGGUGACCGUCGGCGCCGCAAAUCAGUACGCCUUCAGCCUACUGACAAUAUACUUGCUGAGGGCCAGUGGGAUCUUGCUGCCGUUCUACGUCCUCAUGCGGCUCAUCUCCGCGGUGCAGCACGGCCAGAUGCAGUACCGGCUGCAAAUGCUCCAGGAGCAAAGAAGGAACGCAUCAAGAAUGCACAGGGUGCCUGGUCAGGGACGACAGCAGCAUGUGAUUCUUGUUGUCUGAGGAAAACAGUAAAGUGGAUGUUGUCCGGUAGAAUGGUGUUAAAGUGUUUUUGACAUUGAUUAGGGAGCAAUCAGGAAAAAAGGAAGAGAGAAAAACAUUGUUAAGAGAAAAACAUUGUUCAUUAGCUUUCCGGUGUGUAUGUGCGCAUAUAUUUCUCUCGGUGAUGAAUGAGUCAACGACUUUGAGUUUUGGAGAUUGUUAGACAGUUAAGGGGCUAAGGGCAACUCCAAUACCGUUUCUGUUCCGAUGCUCCCAACUGAACUAAACGCGGAGUGGAGGAACACCAGGACGGCUGAGAUGAUCCAAUAACCGUUUGGAAA